AUGAAAUUCAUUUUAGUCUCCUCUUCAUUCUGUGCUAUUUCUCUCUUGGUAUCUGUGCUACUCUUAGCAACAUCAAGGAUAACAGACAUGGGUUCAUCACCACAAGAUGUGUCUGAUUUGACCACUCUUGAUCAUCUUGUGUUUGGAAUUGCUUCUAGUGGGACUUCAUGGCCUAAGAGGAAGGAAUAUGCAAAGCUAUGGUGGAAUUGGAAAUCCAAUAAAAGAAUGAAAGGAUGUGUAUUUGUGGAUAGUCUCCCAACCCCAGUUGAAAAAAAUGCUAAAAAUGAUGAUUCUCUUCCUCCUUUAUGUGUCUCUGAAGAUACUUCAGAGUUUCUCUACACUUACCGACCCGGUGGUCUAAGAUCAGCAAUCCGUGUGGCACGUGUUGUGAAAGAGACUGUGGCAUUGAAUCAUUCAAAUGUUAGAUGGUAUGUGUUUGGGGAUGAUGACACAAUUUUCUUCCCUGAGAAUCUGGUGAAAACUCUUUCCAAGUAUGAUCAUAGGCUUUGGUACUAUGUUGGCGAACACACUGAGAUUUAUGAGGGAUCACAGGUUUUUGGUUUUGGAAUGGCUUUUGGUGGAGGUGGUUUUGCUAUCAGUUCCUCUCUAGCAAAAGUCCUGGCCAAGGUUUUUGAUUCAUGUAUACAAAGGUAUCCACAUUUGUAUGGAAGUGAUGCCAGGGUGUACUCUUGCAUAACGGAGCUUGGUGUAGGAUUAACACAUGAACCUGGUUUUCAUCAGGUUGAUUUGCGGGGAAAUAUCUUUGGCCUAUUGGCUGCACAUCCAUUAACUCCUUUGUUGUCCCUACAUCACCCUGCUCACACUGAUCCUAUCUUUCCUAACAUGACAACUACAAAUUCUCUGCAACAUUUAUUUGAAGCGGUAAAUGUUGAUUCUCAAAGGGUCCUACAGCAAACAGUUUGCUAUGAAAGACGGUUUUCAUGGACAAUUUCAGUGUCAUGGGGCUAUGCUGUUCAAGUAUUCCAGAACAAUAUGGUUUUGCCAAAUGUUUUGAGAGUGCAAGAAACAUUCAAGCAAUGGAAGGAGGGAAAUGUUUCGGCAGGAUUAUAUACUUUCAACACAAGAAAACUUCACCCUGAUCCAUGUAAAAGACCCACCAUUUUCUAUCUUGGCAACAUAUCUUCUGGUAAAGAUGGCAUCAUAAGCAGCUAUGUGAAAUCUUUUCAGAAUUGCUCAGAUGACAAGGCAUCAACGAAGAAACUGGAAGUGAUCAAAGUGGUCACAAGUAAGUUAGACCUUGACAGCAAACAGAGUCCAAGAAGGCAUUGUUGUGAUGUGUUGCCUUCUACCUCUAGUAACCUAAUGGAAAUUGCAAUCAGAGAGUGCAAAGAUGAAGAAUUGAUUUACAUGCACUGA